AGAAAGAGGAGGAGAACGAGGAGAGGAGGGGUGCGGACUGUUACCGGACAGGACUGUGCCAAAGCAGAAAGGGAGGGUUGAAUUUUACCUCCUUGGCUGGGCGGUGGGAGGAGGUGGUGGACGGUUGUUUAGGGAGGAUAAACUGAGAUUGAAGCCGCCGGUUGGGACCAGGAGCUCCGUCUGCUGCUGCGGCUGCUGUAACCCCAGACAUCAUUAACAUGGAGCUGGAGAAUAUCGUGGCCAACACGGUGCUGCUGAAAGCACGGGAAGGAGGCGGCGGGAACAGAAAAGGAAAAAGCAAGAAAUGGAAGCAGCUGCUGCAGUUCCCCCACGUUAGUUUGUGUGAAGAGCUGCGACAAAUCAUAGAAAAGGACUACAGCAGCCUCUGUGAGCGGCAGCCUAUCGGACGCUUGCUGUUCAGACAGUUCUGCGAGACUCGACCCGAACUGAGGCGAUGCGUGAAGUUCCUGGACGCAGUGGCGGAGUACGAGGUGACUCCAGAUGAGAAGAGGAAAGAGUGCGGUCAGGAACUCAUUGACAAAUACUUCAACCCAAAGUCAGAGGACCGCGUGCCUGAGGUGGAGGAGGCCAUGAUGGCUCAGUGCACCGAGAGGCUGCAGCAGGAGGCCUGCAAAGAGCUCUUCAAGGACUGUACCAAAUUGAUCCACGACUACCUGAGCGUGGCGCCCUUCGCAGACUACCUCGACAGCAUGUACUACAACAGGUUCCUCCAGUGGAAAUGGCUGGAGAGGCAACCGGUGACAAAAAAUACAUUCCGACAGUACAGAGUUUUAGGGAAAGGAGGCUUUGGAGAGGUGUGUGCAUGUCAGGUACGGGCCACGGGGAAAAUGUACGCCUGUAAGAAACUGGAAAAGAAGAGGAUAAAGAAGAGGAAAGGAGAGUCCAUGGCGCUCAAUGAGAAACAGAUCCUGGAGAAAGUCAACAGCAGAUUUGUAGUAAGUUUAGCGUACGCCUACGAGACGAAGGACGCUCUGUGCCUUGUGUUGACCCUCAUGAACGGCGGAGACCUCAAGUUUCACAUCUAUCACAUGGGCGACGCGGGUUUCGACGAGAAGAGAGCCAUCUUCUACUCUGCAGAGAUCUGCUGCGGCCUGGAGGACCUGCACCGAGAACGCAUUGUCUACAGAGACCUUAAACCAGAGAACAUCCUGCUGGACGACCACGGCCACAUUAGGAUAUCAGACCUGGGUUUAGCGGUUCAUGUACCAGAGGGAGAGACCAUCAAGGGCCGGGUGGGAACGGUGGGGUACAUGGCUCCGGAGGUGGUGAAAAACGAGCGCUACACCUUCAGCCCCGACUGGUGGGCGUUGGGCUGCCUGCUGUACGAGAUGAUCGAGGGCCAGUCUCCCUUCCAGCAGAGGAAGAAGAAGAUCAAGAGGGAGGAAGUGGAGCGGCUGGUGAGGGAUGUGGAGGAGGAAUAUACCAGCAAGUUCUCCGAGGACGCCAAGUCCCUCUGUAAAAUGCUUCUGGCCAAAGAUCCCACAGACAGGCUGGGCAGCCAUGGAGGCGGCGCCUGUGAGGUCAAAGCCCAUCCCAUCUUCCGCUCAAUUAACUUCAAACGCCUCGAGGCCGGCAUGCUGCAGGCGCCAUUCAUUCCUGAUCCGCAGGCCAUCUACUGUAAAGACGUGCUGGACAUCGAGCAGUUCUCCACCGUGAAAGGAGUGGAGUUGGAGCCGAAAGACGAGUCCUUCUACAGCAAAGUGUCCACAGGCAGCGUCUCCAUUCCCUGGCAGGAUGAGAUGAUCGAGACGGAGUGUUUCACAGAGCUGAAUGUUUUCCACCAGGACGGGGCAAUUCCUCCUGACCUGGACUGGAGGGGACAGCCGUCUCCUCCGCCCAAACAGGGACUCCUGCAGCGGCUGUUUGGCCGACAGGACUGCUGUGGUAACUGCAGUGACAGUGACGAGGAGCCCACCAGGCUGUGACACACACACACACACACACACACACACACACACACACACACACACACACACAGGAUCCCAUUUGUUUACAACUUUUGCACAUUUGUAUUUUUAAGCAUAGUACUAUCUCUAAAUGUCAGAAUGUAUAUUUUCAGCAUAGCCAUAAUGUUUUUAAUGUUAUUUAAAAAGUUCGACUGUCGACGCGAACCUACAGACGAUGAACAGAUGUUUCUGUUAUUUUUUUUCCGUUUGUUUUGUUGAUUUUUAUUUUUUUGUCCAGGGAAGGCUUUGCUUUGACAUUGAUCCACUUAGCAAAUGUCCAUGUAACUGAUCUGGGAGCUGCCUCUGGCCACUGAGCAGCUCCACUGGAACUAUAGCCUGCUGUAGAAGUGCCUAGAGCUGGAGGGCACUGUGACGGUGGUUACUAGGGAGGACAAAGCAUUCCUCAAUCUCUUUACUUUUCCCCACAUUGUUCAGGGAAUCAAACUAGUGACUUUCAGCUCAAUAACUGUGACCACUUUUCUUCUUCCGGCCUCCAUUCUGCCGUGAACCAAUCUCACCGCUCUUCUUCUUCUUCAUUUUCUUCUUUUUAAUUCUUUUUUAAAGUGUGAUUUUGAUUUUUGCUUGGACAUUAUGGGUUUGAAAUUGUUAACGCCAGAGCUGUGAAGUCGGCUACAUCUGCAGAUAUUUUUAUAUCAACAGUAUUAUCUUUUUUAAUUUUUUCAGACAAAUCGACUCGUGUUCGGUGCGGCUCCAGUUACACUAUGUCAGUUCUGUGUGGUCACAUUUUACACAAACUCUGAGGGUUCACUGAAUCCCUUUCAUGCUCCGAUUAUACACGCUGCUUUUACCAACAUGCUUGUGUUAUUUUUCGGAGAUGUCCUAUUAUUAAAACCCAAUGAACAACUCACACAUUAUGUUAAUGCUGCAGUGUUGGAACUGGAAUAAAAAAAAAAAGUGCCAGUUUCUGAACUAGCAGCCUGCAACACACCCACAUUCGGAAUAAAAAUGAUGGUAACACUUUAUUUUACAAGGUCCCUAAUUUCUUGGGAAGUUUUUUUUUAAAUAUUUAAUUAAACUAAGAAUCUGAGUACUCUUACAAUCAUUAUCAAAUUGUGUCUGCAGUAAGUGAAUCACACGCGUUUGGGUUUUCACUCGCCUUUCAGGGUUUCUGUAGAAUUUAUUCCUUUCCACGAUUUCAUUCCCCGAUCUUCCUCUCGUUUUUUCAUUACUUCGUGAGCGGAUGGUGGUGAGGUGAUUCCCAGCCUCUGUGGGUUUACAUUUGCCCUGCCAGUAGACCACUAACAAUGCAAGGAAAAAAAGUCCAGUGUUGUCUGUCCAGAUCUGUCGCAGGCUGAUUAAAGUCACAUUGAAGCAGCAGCAAGAGUAACUGAAGCUUUUGGGUUGACUGAAGCUGGCCUGUUCAUCACUGCAGUUAAAUGCCUCAGCUGGUCCUGUUGCAGUCAAAGAAUAUGGCCUCUUGUUUUAAGCUAUUAAAAUGAAAUACCUCUGAAUGUACAAACGGCUGUCAUGUGACUUCUGAUAUUUGAGAAGACAGAAACACAAGAGAAGACACAAUAGGUUUAUUGAAUUACAUCAAACAAAGUGUGGAAUUCACCUUUAGCUGUCCCACAAUCUCUACGCCCUCCAAAAAUGAGUCUCAGCUACAUUUCUCAAAGCUGAAGCUGUCAGUGAGGUCGUUUAACUGUUUCAUAAAUGAUGGCAAACAUUUAAAGGGUCGGUUCACCAACUUUACAAAAAAAACUACAUAUUUUCUCAGUUGCUUCUCGUCUUAUCUAAGCCAAUCAGAUUAUUAUUAUUUUUUUUUUAUUAUUUGCUCAGGUUUAGAUUAUUGUGAGAAUUAUCCGUUUUAAUAUCCUGGAGCUGACUUGUGUGUGAACUUGGGGGGUAGAUAAAUAUCCCAGCAUGCAUUUUUAUCAACCAAAAUGACCAAACAAAAUUAUCUGCAUGGCCAGAUACCGCUAGAGUAAGUUAAGAAAAGUAUGCGUUGGUGUAAUUUGAAUGAAUUUACCCUUUGAUAAAGUCUACAGCUGCAACUGACGAUUAUUUUUAUUAGUCUGCUGAUUAUUUCUCAAUCAAUCAUUUAGUCAAUAAGAGUUUCAGGAAAUUGUGAAAAAAUGCUGUAAUUUCACACAGCCCAAUGUGACGUCCUCAAAAAAACAGUCCAAAACCCCCAAAAUACUAAGUUUUACUGCCGUUUGUGACAAAGAAAAGCAUCAAAUUCUUACAUUUGAAAGGAUGGAACCAGCUAAAGUUGGGCUUUUUUGAUUAAAAAAGUACUGAUUAAUCGAUUCUCCAAAUUGCAGAUCGUUUUCAAUCGAUUAAUCAACAAAUCACUGCAGCUGUGAUACUUUGUGUUGAAAAACAGAACUCAUCUUUUAAGAUAUUUACUUUAUUAAACAUUUUUUCUUUUUUCUUUUAAGAUAAUCAACCGACUGUUGUUUUUAUGUAUUAUCAUGUCAAAAUGGGUCUUUUGAUGUGCAUAUGCAGAGAUGGAUUCAUUGUUCAAGCUUCUUUAAGCCUGUCAUAAUUUGCCUCCUGUUAUCUUCCUUUUGUUCAGCCACAGAGCUCUGUACUACUUUUUGUUUCAAAGCACUCAUUCAAACCAAACCAGUUAUCCAUAGAAGAUCAAAGAUGACAAAGUCCUUCCCAUCCAAGGUGCCUUUAGAUGUUUGAAGGUACUCCAGCCUGUAGUCGCCUCUUUUUAUACAUACUCUACCUGUCUGUACAUGUGCUCAUUCAAAGCCUGCUGCUGCGUCAGCUUCUCUUCACUUGCUGUCUGUGGUACCUGGUGUGUUCGUCGUCAAAACGUCGCUCCGGACGUGGACUCCCUUUGUGAAAUUGAGGACAAUGAGACUGAAAGAAUCUCUGCACUUAAGGACUGCUGUCCACGCUCCCGUCCCCCGACCUCUGAACUCUGGAGUCUCUGCAGUGAUUUUCUAAAAGACCGCGAGGACAAAUGGGGGGAGCGUGGCGAGUCAGAGAUCCAUGGACGUUUAAAUCAGGACUCUGUAUCAAAACUGCUGUGCUGUGUCUCUCUGCUGUCAGAUAACCUCUGUCCUUUAUGUUUGUGUGUUGUUGAGGAUGCGCUUUAAUCUGCCUUAAAGGAUAAUUCCACUUUAUUACAACUUGA